UAUGACGCGCCACGUGUGUCUGCACGGGAAUAAAUAAACAGAGACGCUAGCCGCCGACAGUCAUUCAGCACAUGACUGUCGUGGUACAGUAUUAAUAUAAAUACUAAUAUUAAAAUGUGGUACUUGGGCAUGCGUCUCUUUAAGCAUUGACUUGUGAAUGAUAUGACAGUGUGGGUGACCUUCUGCACGGACACGCUGGGAAUGACGGUACAGAUGACAAUGACAGCAGUCUUUCCAGUUUAACUUCAAACAGCUGAAGGCAGCACUAAUGAGACUGGUGCUAAUCAUCGUUAACAUCCUUCGUAUUCUUUUAAAAUAAAUGAUUUAGCCUAUAAUGAACUGUCUAACACGGACCGCGUACUGGCCGCUUAUUCGGUUUCUGCUGCCACUGGCCAUCACUAAUAUAGCCAUCGACUUUGGAGAACAGGCCUUGAACAGAGGUAUAGCAACUGUGAAAGAGGACAAAGUGGAGAUGUUGGCCAGUUAUGGUCUGGCAUAUUCGCUUAUGAAGUUCUUCACGGGACCCAUGAGCGACUUUAAAAACGUGGGACUCGUGUUCGUCAGCAGCAGGAAGGAGCGAAUGAAGGCCAUCAUGUGCAUGGUCGUGGCUGGAGUCAUUGCUAUUAUCCUUCACGUUCUCAUAGCUUACACAGAUCUGGGCUAUUACAUUAUAAAUAAACUCCAUCAUGUGGAUGAAUCAGUCGGAAGCAAGACGAGAAGGGCCUUCUUGUACCUGGCAGUAUUUCCAAUAUUAGAUGCAAUGGCGUGGAUUCAUGCUGGCAUCCUUUUAAAGCACAAGCACAGCCUGCUGGUGGGCUCUGCGUCUAUUUCUGAUGUUGUUGUACAGAUAAUAUUUGUGGCAAUCCUUCUCCAGAGCAAUUUGCAGUGUAUCGAGCCUCUUCUUAUUCCCAUUCUCUCUCUGUAUAUGGGAGCCCUAAUGCGCUUCACUAUCGUAGGACUGGGCUACUACUGUAAAGUCCACGACAACAUCCCUAAAUCAAACAGCAUCGAACAGGGGGGUGAUGCCACAGUAAAAAAGAUGCUAGGUUUUUGGUGGCCGCUUGCUCUCAUUUUAGCCACUCAACGCAUCAGCAGACCCAUCGUCAAUCUGUUUGUCUCUCGGGACCUUAAAGGCAGCGCUGCAUCGACUGAAGCGGUAGCUGUCCUCACAGCCACGUAUCCUGUGGGUCACAUGCCCUACGGCUGGCUGACGGAGCUACGAGCCAUAUAUCCAGCUUUUGAUAAGAAUAGCCCUAACAACAAGUUAGCUGCUGGUCAACAGGUCACCAAAUCCCACAUCAACAGAUUCACCCUCGGCUGCAUUCUCCUCUCCUUAUUGCUUUGUUUCAUUAUAUUCUGGACCCCUCAUGUUUCGGAGCUCAUCCUGAUUAAUGUCAUCGGGGUGGACUUGGAAUUUGCUAAACUUUGCAUCGUUCCACUGAGAAUAUUUUGCUUUUUUCCUUUCCCAGUGACGGUUCGAGCUCAUCUGACGGGUUGGUUAAUGACACUGAAGAAAACCUUCGUGUUGGCACCCAGUUCAGUGCUGCGUAUUAUUGUGCUCAUCGGAAGCCUUCUGGUGCUGCCUUACAUGGGGGUACAUGGUGGCGCACUGGGAGUCGGAUCAUUGCUGGCAGGAUUUGUUGGAGAGUCAACCAUGGUUGCAAUUGGUGCCUGUUAUGUAUAUAGAAAACGGAAGAAAACCCCAGAUCCUAAAAAGGUUGUGGAAGAUAACUCCUCCCCAAUGAAUGAGAUCACUUCAAGGUUGGAUGCCCUUGAAGAAGAGAACGAGAUGAUAGAAGAAGACGAAAAUAAGAGGAUCGAUGAAGAUGAGAAUGAGAGGAUGGAAGAAAAUGCUAAUGAGAGGACCGAUGAAGAUCCGAAUGAGAAAACCGAAGAAGAUGGGAAUGAGAGGAUGGGAGGAGAAGAUGAAUGAAUCCAAGAAUAAAACAGUCAAAUGUCUUUAUUGGAUCUGACAAAUAACUACUGAUCAAAAGUUAUGUUCCUACUUCACUCCCAAAUACCAGUGAAACUGUCAGUCGACAGAUGCUUGAAUGGGGUGAACGAACAGAUUAGACAAAUAUCGGCACAUGUGUCUACAACAGACGCACUCCUGCACUUAUGCAAUCUGUUUGCACUGAGGCAUAUUUACACAACAUUUUUUGCCAAAUGUAUGCAUUGUUCUCGUAUAUCUUAGUCAUUGAUGCAAGGACCGCAUCAAGAUGUAUUUAAAACUGAACUGUUAUCUGAAAAUCAUUGAGAUACUGGCCAUUUUUCUCUGACCUUGAAACGCACAAUUAAUAGGCUACACUUGGAGUGUAUUAUGAGUCCUACUGGUGACUUCAGCGUUUUUUAUGUGUAUUACAAAUACAAGUCUUAAGCAAUAGCCUGUAUUGGUCAAAUCGAUUUUUCUUUUAUGCCAAAAAAUAUUAAGUAAAGAUCAUGUUCCAUGAAGA